AUGUAUGAAAUAGAGGAAGCACUGAACAUAAUGAAGGUGUCAGUAGGAGGAAUCUGUCGGCGAGUUGAUGAAGAACACGGAUGUAGUGAGGCAGAGUUGGGCAAGUGGAUCAGUAUAGAAAGCGCUUUCUACACGCCGUUCUUCGUGAGCAGUUGUUCUGGAACUAAAGACAUUGCUCUUUUGAAAUUAGCCGAAUCGGUUUCCGACGACAUUCAUCACAUUUGUCUACCACAUCUCCACGACACCGACGAACUCUAUGAUUCCACUGCCAGAUUGUUCUCAUCUGGAUAUGGAUCUGAUCGUGUGAAAAUGACUGACGCGGAAUGCGACGAGAACUUGGAUUCUCGGAAACCCGACACAUUCUGCACGUUUGAACGGGCGGAACGUAAUGUUUGUCAUGGCGACAGUGGAGGCGGAGUUACGACUUCGUUGGAGGGAAGGCACUACCUCGUAGGUCUUGUCUCGUUCGGAACGUCUUGCACCGACCUGGCCAUGGGAUCUCGUGCAGGGGCACAGGUAUAG